CUCAGCGCCAUUUUGUGGCAGCGAGACCCGCAAAUAAAGGGGAGCGACGGGGCUGCGGCGGUAGGAGGAGCGCGGGGGCCGGGGGUAGUGAGGUCUGGAGGUCUGGGCAGCGAGCGGGCAGCGCGGCCUUGGCCUAUGUGACUGGGCGGCGCCGGCGCGGCCUCCGUCUGGAGAGGAUUCAAGAUGACCAACGAGGAACCUCUUCCCAAAAAGGUUCGGCUGAGUGAAACAGACUUCAAAGUUAUGGCACGAGAUGAGUUAAUUCUAAGAUGGAAACAAUAUGAAGCAUAUGUCCAAGCUUUGGAGGGCAAGUACACAGAUCUUAAUUCUAAUGAUGUAACUGGGUUAAGGGAGUCUGAAGAAAAACUAAAGCAACAACAGCAAGAGUCUGCUCGCAGGGAAAACAUCCUUGUAAUGCGACUAGCAACCAAGGAGCAAGAGAUGCAAGAGUGUACUACUCAAAUCCAGUACCUCAAGCAAGUCCAGCAGCCUAGCGUUGCCCAACUGAGAUCAACAAUGGUAGACCCAGCGAUCAACUUGUUUUUCCUAAAAAUGAAAGGUGAACUGGAACAGACUAAAGACAAACUGGAACAAGCCCAAAAUGAACUGAGUGCCUGGAAGUUUACGCCUGAUAGAGGCCUGAUGGCGUCGGACUAUUCCGAAGAAGUGGCCACCUCCGAAAAAUUCCCCUUCUAGAACAUGUAGACACUUGAGAAAUGUUUCUGUUUGAAGAAAAUAGAGGGAGAAACAGAAGUUUUAAGUCUGUGGCACACUGUGUCUUCAGACAGUUUGGAGGAAUGAAAACCUAGAGAUUUAAAAUCAUGAAUUGAACAUGUAAAAUUCCAGUAAAAUGUAAAAAUGGAAUAUGCAUCGCUCUUAACCUUGAGCAUAGUGACUUAGAGACACUGUAUAUCAGUUUUGCCAAUAAGACUGUGGACUUCGUGAUUGUUGUUGAACUUCUGGGUCAAAACUCAAAUGAGGUGAAUUUUGCCUUUUAAAGAGUUUAUUUGCUAAGAACCAAUUUAAUAAUAGUCACGAGAGAAUCAAAUAAUAGAUGUCAGUACAAGUAGUUCAUAUAUUUAACCAUUUAGUUUGGGGCUCUAUAUUACUUGAUUGAGCCUUAAAUCAAUGUGGUUUUAAUCAAUGGUUUGUUCUUUGAAUGGUUGCUAAUGCUGUAGAUAAUCUUAUUGAGGACUGUACAAACAAAAAGGUGUGGUAUCAAACUUCAGGUUGAAACUGUUUGAAGCAUUAUAAACAUUCAUUUCACUACUAGAUUGUAUAAGGAUAUUGGCUGUGAUGAGACUCACUGCAUUAUUUUUUUUAGUAGUGAAAUUAAAUCCCCAUUCCAUUCAACAGGCACAUGUUGAAAGAGCAUUGUCGUUGGUGUUAAUGGGGGAAUGUGUUUCCUUCAUUGUAUUUGGGCCUUUUGUAUUGCACUCUUGAUAUUAAAUUAAAUGUGCCUUGAAAUAGUUGUUUUUUUUUUUUUUUUUAAGUUCAAGGAAUACUAUGAUGAUUUUGUUGUACUUUUAACAUUUUGAUUUGGGGGGCUGUGGAGAGCAGAUUGAUUUUGGAAAAAUUGUUGCUGUGCUCUUCAAAGUGAAGGAAAAGGCUGUGUCUCAUUUUUAAAGACCUACGUUUUUCCAGCUGGUAUCAUAAAAGACAAGGAGACUUGACACUUGUUACUUUUUGACACCUUGUCCCAGGAUAUUGCAGUAGAAAUUAAUGUGGGACAGCUUCACAGGGUGCCUACCAGAAGAUUGGGGAAAUAAUGUAUUGGAACUGUGGGCUGGCCUAAGUGAGACAUUUUGUGAAUUGAAAAAAAGGUAUAGUGAUCAUUUCUAGCAAAUUCAUUUGAUCAUUUAGAUAAAUGAGGCAUUAUUUUCUUCAUGCUUCCAUCCAAUCCUGGAGGUGAAUUUUUUUCGUCAGAUCAUUCUAUAAGUCACCAGUGCGAAUUUUCACUUGGUGAUAAUGGAGUCUAAGAUGAGUGGAAGAUAUAUGUUCCAGAUUGUCCCAACGUUUAAGUGCAGUUUUAACAAGGGUGACUUAAGUUCUCUCUUAACCAUUCAAAUCAAUUGUAAGUAUCUUGUAUGUUUGUGCUUUAGGGAACUGAUUGUGGGGCAGAGGGUGGGUUGAAGAAGUGGUUUGUGUGACUUUACAGCAAGAAAUCCGCUUCUAAAAUUCUCACUAUUUGUGGGGUUGGAGGGUAAGUAACCAAAUCUGUUUGAAAUUAGCUUAUUGUGCCACAUUAAGGCAUUUGCAUAUAUUUUAUGCCAUUUAAGAUCACAGUAGAAAUGGCCUACGUAUUUUUAGUAAGUCAAGAAAUAAUUCAUAAAAUGUAUUAUUAACGUGUACUCAGAUUUAUUAGCUAGCAUCUUUCUUUGCCGCUUAGGUAAGAGUCACUGUGAGGUCUGUGGAUUUUUUUCUUCUUACUGUUAAAAACGUUUUUUAAUAAGUUAAUACAGGCUCAUGUGUAAAAUUGGAACAGCAUGAAGAAAGAUGGAGACAAAAAGUGAGAGUCACUCCUGGAUGUGACCUUUCCUUCCCCAAUCUGUUCUCCAAGAGCAGUAACCACUGCUAAGUUUCUUGGGUAUCAUCAAGAUUAUGCAUAUACAGUCAUUUUAUAGAUACCGAUUUUAAACAAAUGUGAACGUACAUAACAUAGAUGAUUGAAGCUUGGUGUCCCCCCUCCCAACACACAUUUUAUCCCUUUCACAGUUUUUUAUCUUUUAAGUACAUUUAGAUUACUUAAUUUUUAAUGGUUACAUAAUAUUUUCUUUGUAUUAAUAAAUCAUAAUUUAUUUUAAUCACCUGUAAAUGGAUUUUUGUUCUGUAAAGAAUAGGCUAUAAACGGUACUAUAAAUACAUCAUUAACGUGAAACAGUGCUCAGUCAGUACUGUGUUUGGAAUAAUUAAAAUAGAAUGGGUUGUGGGUCCCCCCCACAUACACACACUUUCUUACUCUGUUUUAAUUUUGAAAGAGAAAGAUUGAGUUAUCUUCUCUGCUUUAGUUAAAAUAUUCCAUACAUGUAACACUGCAUAUAUUUUAAGAGUAUUUAAGAGCGAUCUAUUUCAGUUGUUUUGACAGUUCUGUUUUGCAUUUAAUCAUUUAGGUAAUUUUGUGUACACCUCUCAGAUAUCUUGGCCCCCUUCCUUGUGAUUAUAAAGCAAUGUAUAGUGUCUGUUCUUUUUCAUAAAUCUUUCUCUCAAACUGUUUCCUUUCAUAUUUUCUUUGGAAUUAUUUGAUUUUAGGAAUGGGUUGGGGGGGGUUGUAAUUAAAGAAAAUUAUUCCAAAGACAGUUACUUGUAAUUGAACUCUUCUCAUUUUGGGGGAUGUGAUGAACACAACAUAAAUCUUAUAUGACAUGGUAAAAUGACAAAAUACGUAAAGAACAGUUUUGUUAAGACUUGUAGAAGUGAUAGGAUUAUCUUAGAGCAGGCCUUUAUAAAAAGGUACUACGACUAUGAAUGAAACAUUUUUUUGCAUUCACUUUAUGAUAGACUUUAUAUGAGAUUAAGUUAGGUCACAAAUUACUGGUUUUACAGUAUUUUUUUCUGCUCUCAAAUUCAUAGAAGGAUUUUCAGGUUAGUUGGAGAACAUUGAUGCUAUAUAGACUUUGUGUAAGAAAACAAAAUUAUGGGAGCAUGGACAGUAAGGUGGGAGGAGUGCCACUACCUGACAGUGGUACCUAUCUCUGAACUCCCUCGUGAGAUUUCUAAACUGUUCAUUGGAGGCCAAAGUCUGAGGGUGAUACUGGGAAAUGGCGGGGAGGGGAGUUGUCUGGAGCUACAGUUGCAAUGAACAAGAACACCAGCUAAAGUUGCCAUAUAGAGAAUAAAACCCUUAGCAAGUGCUUUCACCUGAGGCUGCUUUGAGCAGCAGUAACCCAGGUUUUACUGUACCACAGAUAAAUUUAAAUUACCAACUUUUGCUUGAAUUACAUUAGGGUAGGAUAUGUACUAUGGGUAAAAAAAAAAAAAAAAAACACCUUACAACAUGGAGUCAAAAGAAUGAGAAUCAUUUACAAAAUGCUCUCAUUUUAAGUCUGAAGGCCUUUGGUAAUCAGGUUCAGAUGCAUUCUGAAGUGAUAUAUCAGACGGGUGAAAGCCCCGGUAGGUGAAGGAAAGAAAGUGUCAGCAAAAAAAUUUUCUAACCAGUUAGGUUAGGUCUUUCUGAACUUAACACCAUCAGAAGAGUAUCAGACUGUCCCUGGUGGAGCAUGUGACUCUUGAUUUCGGGGUUGUGAGUUCAAGCACCACAUUGGGUGUAGAGCCCACUUAAUUUUUUUUUUAAAUAUCAGGCUGUCCUAGUCAAGUAUCAGGUAACAUCACAAUUAUGUACUUAAAUCAGAUCCC